AUGGAGAUGCUCAAUUCAAUUAGAAGCGACGACGCGAUUCGCAGUGAGCACUCCAGCAACUCUACCUCGUUCAAUGAAAGCUCAAGCAGCUCUUGCCGAAGCAGCUCAAGCACAAGCAACUCCUCGUCAUCCAAUGAAAGCUCAGGCAGCUCAAGUUCAAGAAGCACAAUCAGCUCAAGCUCAAAUAGUUCGGUCUCCAUGCAAAAAUUCUCACCAAAAGCUCAAACUAUUCUCACGGAGCCACGCGUUUUGAGAGGAUGCAUACUCUUCCAAAUUUUGCGAGGAAAUGCGUUGAAGCAUACGAAGAACUGUGCAAAUCAUUUGGGGAUAACUUUAUGGAGUAUCGCCGCUUUGACUACUGGUAUUGGGGAUUAACUAAUGGUAGUCUCAACUUGGAUUCUGCGGACAAAUUUGAUGCGUCUAAAGCGAAGGAAUUUACUGAUCUAGACAACGAUCUCCAAACAAUGGUUCUUGAUAAACCGGAUCCGAUUGAUCGAUUAUCCGCAUGUGGAGUCUCUCAUCAAUUUCAUUCUACAGUUGAAAAUCAACGAUCUAAUCUAACGGAAUUUAAUAUGUUAUUUAGAAACGAAAUAAUUCAUUUGUAUACAAACGAUGAUUUGGUGAUAUAUCGGAAGUGGCUCAACGAAUAUCAUAUGGAUGGAUGUCGUGGAAUUCUUUGUUGAGAACAAAAUGCCAUUGGAGGUUGUCACGAAUGAUUUGUCAGCGCUUUUGAAUGACCAAAGAUUAACCUUGAAUGAAUUUGAAGUCUUAUUCGUGGACUGUCAGAAAAAAGCAGUUGAUACCAUUGAAUCAGUUCUUAAUCAGAUUGGAAGCUUGUCGGCAAAAUGGGUUUCAAUCAAAGGCGCUUCCCCCGUCAAAACCGCCAAACUUCUACAACGCUUCGAAACUGGUGCUCUGAAGAAGUUAAACAUUUGUAUUGAUUGGUCCUAUGAAGAGUCCGUUGAACAUCUGGUCGGUCUUGAGCAAUGGAAAGCCGUGAAAACUCUUUAUUUGUAUUCUGACUUCUAUGGGUUCAUCAAGCAUCUCAGACACCUAAAUACAUUGAUUGUUGACUGUGUGGGCGAAACUUUAUCGAACAAAGAUAUUUCGAAAUUUCGAGAUGAAAGUUUCCUUUAG